AUGCGCUGCCGGCUGGUCGUGUUGCAUUUGUCGCUUUCGAGAGAUCUUCUGUGGUCUAUCUACAAGCCUUUGGCAUUGGAGCUCAAUGUUGACAUCACCGAGGCUUCGGGAGCGCUCCCGAAGCUGUGCUUCGAUGCCUCCGCCGCCGGCCGCAGGCACUUGUUUUCCCAGCUGCCGGCUGCUAUACAGCAGAAAGCGCGUGCAGAGGCCAGGGGCCAGGACCCUUGCGGCCCACCCCUGCGAGGGGUGCUGCGAGCGGCAGUCCGUCGGGCCUCUCUGGAGCAAGCCGCAAAAGGGGUGCUCAGCUCUGGAAUUCUCCGCAGUGCCCGAUACGCCUUGCAAAAAGUUGCGAAGCGAUUGGGAUGA